GCCAUUGCUCAUCCAAUCCUUUGGAACAUCAUCAUUGUUCCAUGGGUUUUCCUCUCGUUAAUUUCUAAAAUUCAAAUUUGAAUCAUUUAUUCUGAUUUUUCAGUAUGGUUUCUAGCCAUGAGUUGUUUUCAUAACAUUUCGUUUUCUUCUCUGCCCUCCCGCAGCUCCUCCUCGCCGUCGCUGAAAUAUAGUGAAGAUAAUAAUAAUCAUUGUCAGCGGAAUCAGCGUCCCAAAUCGCGUUACUACUUGGGGUUUAGUAUUGCCGGUUCUAGGUUUAGAAGGCACAGGGAGCCGAGGCGUCUAACCGACCAGGAAGUUCCUCAUAAGGAGGAAUCGGUGGUUUCGCAGCAGUCCGAUGGUGGUUGCGAGACGCAGUCUUCGUCCCCUUCGCGGGCUUCAAAGUCAUUUUCAUCAUCGUCGUCGGCCUUGGCGGUUCCUUUGCCGCUCCCGCUUCCGGUUCCAGAUGGAGACGGGGAGCAAAGGUUGCUGUCGCUGAUGGAAGUUGGACAUUGUAAAGGUUUAGAGGAUAGAGAUACAGAUAAAGCAGAUGAAACUACUGCUUCGCUAAUUGAUGAAUUUGCUUCUCGUGACUUGAGGAAGACGACAAAGAACGUGGAAACAAUAUCUUCCUCUAGGGCGAUGCAACAAGAAUUGAUUAAAGGGGAUAGUUAUCAGGAUGAGUUUAUGGUGCAUUUUCCCAUUAGCAGUGCUCCGACGAGUCAGAUUGCGAGUCCUGUAGCCACCCCACAAAGACUGAGUGCUGCCGAUGUGUUUCCACAUUAUAUUGCUCCCGCGUGUAAUCAAUUUUGGUCCGCCCCGGAGAUGAAGGCAUUAGAUGUUGCAGGGCUUCCUUCCCGAACAUUCCAUGAUUACAAUGCAUUUACCACCGAUCAUACUCCACCUCACAGUUCACCAAAUCGAAGUCCUACUCGAAGUAAUAGAAGCCAAAGUGGACCAACUUCACCAAUUCAUGGAAGGUUGUCACUUGAGAGUAUUGAUAUGUCAUCAUUGCGACCUGAAUGUAAUGGCCAUAUCUUUGUCCAUCCGUUACCUCGUCCUCCAGGAGCAGGCUUGGCUUCCCCACCCGCUUCCAUGUCCCAAGUUGCUAAUAAACCAGAGUCAUUGCCAAUGAAUUCUAAAUGGCGAAAGGGCAAGCUUAUUGGGCGCGGUACAUUUGGAAGUGUUUAUGUUGCCAGUAACAGAGAAACUGGAGCUUUAUGUGCAAUGAAGGAAGUUGAUAUAUUUACAGAUGACCCAAAAUCUGCAGAGUGUAUAAAGCAACUAGAGCAGGAGAUCAAGGUUCUUAGCCAUCUCAAGCAUCCAAAUAUUGUGCAGUAUUAUGGUAGUGAAAAAGUGGAAGACAAGUUCUAUAUAUAUCUGGAGUAUGUUCAUCCUGGUUCAAUUAAUAAAUAUGUUCUUGAUCACUGUGGUGCCAUAACAGAAUCUGUUGUUCGCAAUUUUACUCGCCAUAUUCUUUCCGGGUUGGCUUACCUGCACAGCACAAAGACAAUCCACAGGGAUAUUAAAGGAGCUAAUUUGCUUGUUGAUGCAUCUGGGGUUGUCAAGCUUGCUGACUUUGGAAUGUCGAAACAUCUUACUGGAGAAAGAGCUGAUCUCUCUUUGAAGGGAAGCCCUUACUGGAUGGCUCCAGAGCUCAUGCAAGCAGUGAUGCAGAAAGAUAAUAGUUCCAAGCUUGCUCUAGCUGUUGAUAUUUGGAGUUUGGGCUGUACAAUUAUCGAAAUGUACACUGGUAAAGCACCAUGGAGUGAGUAUGAAGGGGCUGCCGCUAUGUUUAAAGUGAUGCGGGAUACCCCUCCAAUACCCGAAACCUUAUCAUCUGAAGGGAAGGAUUUCCUGCGUUGUUGUUUCAAAAGGAAACCUGCAGAGAGACCAUCUGCAAGCUUAUUAUUAGAGCACCGAUUUGUUAAAAGCCCCCUCCAGUCGGGUGCCUCACCGAGUGCCUCAUCCUUUAAUGGCAUAAAAGUAAGGGAUGCGCCACUUAGUCCAGUUGAGCGAUCUGAAUUUAAACUGGUUCAGUUGCCGGUGCAGACUAGCUUGCAAAGUUCAAAACCUGUGACCCCUGACAGCAAGACUGCACAACGAUCUCAUUACAAGCAUUCCGAGCUAUCAGCGGCCCCGCGAUGUUCUCCUCGUUCAUCCUUUGAGGUUCCUCCUAGUUUGUAUUCCCCGUCCUCGGGUCCAAAUACUCAUCACCCCAUCCCUUCCAAUACCGUUAAUAGAUCUAACAACCAGGAGUCUAAGAAGAACCAUAACUUCAGAUAACAUGGAAGAAACGAAGAAACAUUGUGUAUUCAGGCAGCUUCAAGCAUUGCAUUGGAUUCCAAGAAAACAGAAUGUGGUCCGACACAUGGCCAUGGAGAACUGAACUAAAACCUCCCUAUCGAAUUGCUGUCUUCAAUGCCUUAUCGAAGUUUCCGAAGCCUUUUCAUCCUGGAGGCAUUAUCCAGGGACUGGUUUUUUGUAAAUUACUGACUUUUUUCAUAGCUUCCAAAAUUGUGAAAGCUCUCUUUUUUUCCCCAUCCAUGCAUAUUCUUACAGAAGGUGACAUUCUAAUCUCCAUAAGUAGAUUUUAGGAAGUGUAAGUUAGCUAUAUAUCAUUUCUCUUUUAGUUCCCACAUCAUGGGUACUAUGCCGUCCUCGGCCUCUUGUUCAUACAUUGUUCCAGAAAAUUUCAUGUAUUAGUGUUUGAACUCCAAUCCAGCAUGAUGUUUGAUUGGCAGAGAUUAUGAUAAAUUGCAUUUUUUUA